AUGGAUGAUACUGAACGUGCAGGAUUACUUGAAAAGCUUUCAAAUGUUCAACAAAUUCAAAAACAUGUGGUUCGAUCAAACAAACUUGGUCUUGACUAUACAGUCUGGAUUCAAGAUGACACUGGCAACACAUCAAAGUGCUAUGUAAUGACAUUACACGAUCUUGGUUGUAGUCAUUCAGUUUUUACGGAAUUUAUUUCUCAACCAGAAAUACGUCCUCUGAAACAACGAAUUGUUUGGGUACAUGUUGAUUUUCCCGGUCAAGAGGAUGGUGCCAGUAUUUUAAAUAUCGAAAAAUAUCCCAGCUUGGACGAUGUUGCAAGUGAACUAAUCAAUGUUCUCGACCAAUUAAAUAUUCCACAAACGGUCAUAUUCGGUGAAGGUGCUGGAGCUAAUAUAGGAUGUCGUUUUGCUAUCGAAAAUCCAUCACGUGUUCAUGGUCUUGUACUUGUUCAUCCAACGGGUACAACCGCUGGUUUCAUGGAAAUGAUGAAAGAUAAACUUAAUAAUUGGAAACUAAUCAAUAAAGGAAUGAAUCCUGAUGCCGAAGCUUAUCUUAUAUGGCAUCGAUUUGGUCGCGAUGCUGCAAAGGGCUAUAUUGAUUCGCAAGUGCUUGAGGCCAAUAUUCGUGAAUUUUCUGAAAAACUUUAUCAGAAACGAACACCAAAGAAUUUAGCUCUUUUUCUGGAUGCUUUUCUUAACCGAACCAAUCUUGUUGAUAAACUGGAUAAAUUGACUGUCGAUUGCCUCGUUGCUGUUGGAAAGAAAAGUUCUGUAUUACAUACAACAGAGAAGUUCUAUGAAAGAUUACGUACGUCACGUGAUAAUCCACAAAAAAUGGUCAAUUCGCCACUGCUAAUUGCUGACGAUGUUGGAGAUAUACUUGGCGAAGCACCCGAUGUUUUGGCUAAGUCAAUGCAAUUCUUUUUACAAGGAAUUGGCUUAAUAUCCGGUUUACCAUUGGAAGCCGGCUUGGCUGGUUUAGGACGUUUAUCACGUUCUAUGUCAAUGGAAAACGCUGAUCGUCCCAGACGCGGCUCUGGCGCACAUGGACCAUCACCUGGUACAUCUUCACCGCCACUUGCCGGUUCACCGCCGAAAUAA